UGCAGCACCUACUGAGGUGGGCGGAGGGACGUCUUGUUUGUCAAGAUUUUUAAGGUGUUCACAGGAGCUGAAAAGGAAAUUCUCUGUUCACAUCUUAAAGACUUCAUUGUGGACGCAUUUGGGUGCAUGAGGGUCAACCACAUUUCCUUAAGGUGUCUUGGAGCUCAGUGACAAGUACUAUACUUAUGGCAGUUUGGUCUUGGGGAUAAGGAGUUGGAUUUGCCAUCAUAAGACUGCAGUUUUGAUGUGUUGCUGGGCAAGUCGCUUCUCAGGCUGGAGUGGGUAGAAAUUAUAGAGCCUCGCACCCGGGAGAGGAUGUAUGCCAAUCUCCUUACUGGGGAAUGUGUAUGGGACCCUCCAGCUGGUGUACGGAUCAAGCGCACCAGUGAUAACCAGUGGUGGGAACUCUUUGACCCAAACACCUCUCGAUUCUAUUACUACAAUGCCACCACCCAACGUACCGUGUGGCACCGGCCGCAGAACUGUGACAUCAUUCCAUUGGCCAAGCUGCAAACGCUGAAACAGAAUACAGACUCCCCGAGGGCCUCUACCGAUAACAGCCCUGGCAGGAACAGCAAUGUUAGCCGUGAAGGUAGCACCUCCUCCUCGCUGGAUCAGGAUAUCGAAGGCGGGGAAUCCAGAGGUGCCGCACCACUGGGGAAGACAGCACAGCAGCCGCAACAACAGCAGCAGCAGCACACCCUGGGCAGAGAGGACUCUGAGAGGACUUCUCCAUUUCGAUGGAACACUGGAACCAAGGAGAGGAUGUUGAUCAAAGUGACGGACAGAGAGCCAAGUUUCCUGGCACACCAAGGAAAUGGCUUCUCCACUUGUGAGGGAUCCAGCAGCACCGGUGGAACACGAUCUCGACGAUCCUCUGGAAACCAACCCACACCCCCUGAACCUGACAACUCUUCCGUCUUUUACCCUGAACGGCGCCAGUCUCCCUUUUUGAAACGAGCAGACAUUGGGGGUUCCCCUUUAAUGGGGCGUGGGGACCCAUUUCAACAUCGACGACCUUCGGGGGACUCUCAGCCCCCUUCGCCCCGCUAUGCGUAUGAGCCACCUUUGUAUGAGGAGCCCCCUUCAGAGUACCAGGCACCAAUUUAUGAAGAACCUCCCACAGACAUGCACUGUGAAUCUUCAGCUUCUCACUAUGGGAAAGCUUGCUCCCCCCAGCAGAAAUCCCCAGGCCGCAAACCACAGCUACCGCUCUUCCACUCGCCCAAGCAAGGUAGCUCCCACUCCCCCUAUCAGCAGCUUGUACUCACUAAGCAGAAAUGUCCAGAGAAGUCUGUUAGUCUUGAGUACAGUCCAGCGGGCAAAGAAUAUGUCAAGCAACUUGUCUACGUUGAGCAGUCUGGCUCCAGCCCACGCUUUAAAACAGCUGACAGGUUACAUCGCUAUCAACCAGCCAACACUAUUUGUGUGGGCGGAGGAGGGUUUGGAGGCUCAUAUACACUGCAGCAUAGCCAGUCACUAAUCCGGGACCCAAGGACCACUGAUUACAACUCAAGUGAUCCCUGUGAGCUGCGACAAAUUCUUUAUGAUGAUUCCAUGUCUUGGACAAACCAGCAGGACUCUUUCAUGUCUAUUGGUGGCUAUUCACCAGGAAGUCGCAAGAGAAAAACCCGUAAGCCUUCUUUACCACAGGAGAUGCUGGCACACUGUGGUGAGAGCAUGGCGGACUCUGAAUCAGGUGGAGGUACCAUUGGAAGACAACAUCAAGGCAUGCCUGUGGCUGAAUCUCCCAGGUCUGGGUAUGCUGAGCCUUUUCUUGCACAGGCCAGGCUAGCUUGGGAGGCUCAGCAGGUGCACCAGAUGCGACAGCGUAGUAGUUGGGAUGCAGGACAACAGCAGCAGGCAUCACUGCCCUGCCAAACGCUGCAGCAGCAGGCAAAAGAUGGGUAUGAAAGUGAUGGAGCACUACCCCCACCUCUUCCGGGUCCAGUUGUGCGUGCUUUUAGUGAGGAUGAAGCUUUAGCACAGCAAGAAUGUCGCCACUGGAAAAGAAGCAACUUUGAGAAGCUAGGUUUCCCGCAGGUCCUCCUAGAGAAGAGUCUUUCUGUUCAAACUAAUCUGGCCUCCCCUGAGCCUUAUCUGCAUCCCUCACAGUCAGAAGAUCUGGGGGCUUGUGCCCAGUUUGAGGCCAGUCGUAACGCCCGGAAUAUGAUGCCUAGUGCAAGCUGUGUGUUCCCCGAGUUCACAUUGCGGAAACCCUCUUCUGAGACUGACAUUGAAAACUGGGCCUCCAAGCACUUCAACAAGCACACGCAAGGCCUUUUCCGCCGGAAAGUCUCCAUUGCCAACAUGCUAGCCUGGAGCAGUGAGUCCAUCAAGAAGCCGAUGAUCAUGACGACGGACCGGAGUGUAAAGAAGGAGGCAGUGGAGAUCUUCAAGCUUAUUCAAAUGUACAUGGGCGAUCGGCGGGCCAAGACGGACCAGCUUAAUGUGGCUCUGGAGAUUGCUACCAAAGGCUGGAUGGUGCAAGGACUCAGAGAUGAGCUCUACAUCCAGUUAUGUAGGCAGACCACUGAAAACUUUCGCUAUGACAGCCUGGCACGAGGCUGGGAGCUUAUGGCAAUCUGCCUUGCCUUCUUCCCACCCACACCCAAAUUUCAUUCUUAUCUAGAAGGGUACAUCUAUCGGCACAUGGACCCUCUCAAUGAUACCAAAGUGAACCAGCAUAUUAAAGAUCUCCUGGAGGCGGAGAAAAAGAGGAAGCCAACACUGCGAAAGAAACGCAGGCCGCAUGUUGAGGAGGCUGAGGGGGUUGCCAUCAGCACAUAUGCCAAGUACUGCUACCGCAAGCUGCAGAAGUCAGCACUGACUGGGGCAAAGAAGCAUGCAGAUGGCAUCAGAAAGGGCCUGCAGAAACCAAACCUGGAGGAGAUCCGACAUGCCAAGAAUGCAGUGUUCAGUCCCUCGAUGUUUGGAAGCUCCCUGGAGGAAGUCAUGGCCAUGCAGCAGGAGCGAUACCCAGACCACCGACUUCCCUGGGUCCAAACGCGCCUCUCUGAGGAGGUCUUGGGUCUCAAUGGGGACCAGACGGAAGGCAUCUUCAGAGUCCCAGGCGACAUCGAUGAAGUCAAUGCCCUGAAGUUGCAGGUGGACCAAUGGAAGAUACCUACUGGGUUGGAAGACCCACACGUUCCUGCAUCGCUUCUGAAGCUGUGGUAUCGCGAGCUGGAAGAGCCACUGAUUCCUCACGAAUACUAUGAGGAGUGCAUCACCCACUAUGAGAACCCUGAGGCUGCAGUGCAGGUGGUCCACGCACUGCCAGAGAUCAACAAGCUUGUCCUCUGCUACCUCAUCCGCUUCUUGCAGGUUUUUGCCCAACCCUCCAAUGUUACAGUCACUAAGAUGGAUGUAAACAAUCUGGCGAUGGUGAUGGCUCCCAACUGCUUGCGCUGCCAGUCUGAUGAUCCCCGCAUCAUAUUUGAAAAUACCCGCAAGGAGAUGUCCUUCAUCCGUGUCCUUAUCCAGCACUUGGACACCAGCUUCAUGGAAGGACUGCUAUAGCAAAGAGGGCUGCAAGGCUAGCAGGGAGACAGAGAAAUUAGAGAGAGGAUCCAGGGUCAAAAAAACUGCUCAGAAGAAGACAAAACAGGGAUACCUUACCUUACAGAUGUGGCCUCCGGCCAGUGAGUGGCAUCCUUUGGCAUGGCACAUGGUGUUUUCAGGAGCAGAGGCGUUAUGUGCUAAAAUCGAGGCUACAGAAUGAGAGAAAAUUCAUCCGACACGAAGGCCAUGCCAGACUUGUUCUCUCACUUGCUGUUCACCAGAUUGUCAGCCAUCUGAUGUAUACGUUGUGUAGGAGUAGCGUGUCUGUCUAUCUGUCAGUGUGUAUGUCAGAGUGAGCAUGUUGCACAUCAUUUCAGGACUAAAUUGGGAAUUAAGUCAUGAAAACAUCUCUUUUUUAAUUAUUAUUAUUAAAUACAUGCGUUGGAGAUAGUGUUAGGGAGGUCCUUUCACAGUGGUAAUUUCUAUAGAGCUUUUAGGGUUUUUUUUUUCUUCUCGAACGGACUUUGUUUUGUAUAUUUAUUUGACUUUUUUAUAUCCCUGUUAGACAAGGUUGGUAAACGUGUGCCUGUGUGUGUGCGUGUGGGUGUGCGUCACAAACAAGUUUGUUCUGUUGGUGGUAAAUUUUACACGGCCCACAAAGAGAGAGGGAGAGGAUUCUUCCUACGAAUUUCUUGGCUAUGCCAAAACUUUAAUCAGGCUCAAUAUUUUGCUGUAUGUGGGGCAUCUUUAUCAUCUGGCUGAAGAUGGGGUUGGAAGAGAGAAAUAGAAGUUUCUUUAUUCUUGGUGCUGAUUGUGGCAAAGUCUGUAUGUAAGAUGGAGUUUAGUCAUGGGGGCGGGGGGUGGAUUCAUGACUGGUCAUCAGGUAGAUGUGAUCUUCCUAUGCCCCAGCAAUAGCAUGAACCCUGGUCUCAAGAAGGUGGCUCAAAUCUGUUGUAGGAAAUCUCAGCCCAGCUGCCAUCCUCUCCUUAGUAUUGCACUGGGCCACUUUACUCGUGACCAGGUCUUUUGGUGUUCCAGGGUGUUUUUUUUUUUGUUUUGUUUUUAUUGAAACCUCAAGACAUUAAUGCACAUUUCUGCAAAGCCAUUAUCCCCUGUACAAAUGCCGAGUGACCCACAUUUUUGCUUCAUGACGCAUCUAGAAGGGUUUCCGUGGGGAAAUGGUCUUCCUUUUAAGUGUGCAGAGCUCACUGACGUCCCAUUCCAGAAGAGCUGUAUUUCCAAAUGGUUAUAGAAUAAAGUUUAAAAGCCUACAUAUAUAUAUUUAUAUAUAAUAUAUAUUUUUCAUUUCCUUUCUGUUUAAUAUAUACAAAAGCACUAGUGCUCUUGUCUGAACAGGAGCUCAUAACCCUGGCCUGUAAAUAUAUUUUCAUGCCAUUUUCACACAUUAGCCUACCCGCUUCCAGAAGGUGUCAUGCUCUAGCAAACUCUCUCUCACACACACACACACACACACACACACACACUUUACUGACCUGUAUUUACCACAUUGCACUGCUGCUAUUGGACCAAAAGGAUGCCCACCCAAAGUGAAGAGCAAGCCCUUUGAGAUCCUUUGUAUAAUGCUAUGCUGCUGUUUUUGUAAGCUCUCUCUCUGCCCUCAGUUGAUAGUGUACAAUGCUUAACCUCCAUGACAGUGGCACAUCCAAAGUCUCGUUUUUCUUGCUGUCAUCCAACAUCAGGCACUAGUAUGUCCAAGUGACAAGGUUAGGGUCCGUUAUUUUUAUUCUCUUAUUUAAUAUUCUCUACACCCCGCUCUAUUGCCUCAACAUUGAAAAGAUGAGUAUUAACCAUUCUUUGGUAUGAUGAUAGAGUGGCUUAGCAAUAGAGGCUAUGUAAUCCCCCUCUACUGACCAGAAGUUAUGGAAGUAGAGAAGUUCUUGUAAAGGAUCCACUUUAUUUAGCAUUUAUUAUCACUAGAUUUGACAUUUUGCCUACAUUAGGAUCAGUGUUUUGUGUUCUUUCAGUGGGAUCAUUCUUUGUUGUGUUUAUAAAAAUUACUUAUGAACGAUAUGACUCCUGACUCACCAGUAUGAGAAAACCCCCACAUAUGAUAUACCGUUUAAGUCGUCUUGAUGUCUAGUUAUGCGACACAUUGAGAUUUUUAAAGUUCCUGCCAAUUUUUGGCCCACUAGACUCGAAAAUACCUCCUUUUUAGGCCAUUUUUUAAACCAUGUUUUGUGCAAGAAAAUAAAACCUUAUGAUAAAGACUAAACCAAUAGGUGUCUUCAACAAAAAUGAUCACAAGGUACGUUGUACAUGAUAAAUUAGUUGACCCCGGGGGUUCACCUUCUAAUAGGAAAUGAGAAGUUUAAGUUACUCCUUUUCACAAACUUCAAAAAAUUGGGAUCAGUAAUAUAGGCAUGUGGAGUGUCGUUUCAUGCUAUUUUGAAGUUACUGAUCACGAACUUGAUAAUUCUUUUGAUAUUUGAUUUUGUAUUGGUGGUCCCAGCCCUUGAAGAGCCAUUUCCAGAAGGUUUAAAAUGACAAAUUUCAAACAUAAGCAUGUGGUUUGUCAUUUUAGACAAUUUCAAGAUCAGUGAUUAUGAAUAUGAUGUUAUUUUUGAUCCUUUACUAGGAAUGUAGCCCUGUAUGGACCUCAGUCAGAGGUGGAAAAAUGACAAAUUUGUACUACAAUCCAGAAUAUUUUAAAAGUUGCAGCACACAUUUUAAUAUUUGGUGUAACUGUUCUUGUUGAUUGUGUACUUCUACCUCAUGAAGUAAGUCAUUAGAUUUCUUCUGAACACCCUGAAUUAGGGCGGCUUACACUUAUUCAGACCUUUUAGAGAUUCAGGGCUUGCCAAAUGAGCUGAGUACAUUUUACUACAAUUGUCCCAAAUGGCUAUUUAGAUUAUGAAUGUGUGUCUUAGCCCACUGCAGCCACAUAUUUGUUUUUUCUACUGACAGCAUUGAAAUUUAGAUGAGUUGUCAGUAACCAUAAGCCAUCCCUGGCAGGAUACAAAUAGUUGCGUUUCUGCUGUCCCACUGCUGGCACCACUGUUACACUUGAUUGUUUGUGAAUCCUUCUGUUAUCCUGCAUAAGUCAUGUCCUCUCCAUUCAUCUACAGUCUGUUGUCACAUACUUUAUCACUGUUGGUUGGAUGUUUUUUGGUUUGGUGGCCCAUUCUUGAUAAACCUGUCGUGUUUGACACCUUAAUCAUGCCGCAAUCUGAGGCACAAUCUCCAUCAAAGCCACUUUAAUGUUUAUUCUUGUCCAUUUUCCCUCCGAAUUGCAGACACCUAAGAUCUCUUUAUGUCACGCUCCUCCUAUGAUUUCUGCUUUAAAUGGCAUCAGGGUACAUUUGAUGCUGUCACAAACCCAGUGUUCCAUUACACUCGGUCACUUGGACUUACAGAAGAGGCCAAUUACUCAAGUGUGCGUGUGGGUGCAGAUCACAUGAAUGUCAUGAAACAAGUUUGUUCUGUUUGUGGUUUAACUUUUCACAGCCACACAUCGGGGAAAAAAAGAUUGAGAAGACCCUACCUAUGAAUUUCUUGGCAAUGCUAAAGCUUUAAUCGUGCUCAAAAUUUUUCUAUCUAUGGAACAUCUGGCUGAAGGUGGGGUUAGAGAAAUAGAAGUUGUAGAGUGAGAGGUUCCAGGUCUCCUUGAGACUUUCUGGAACAGUUGUCUUGCAUCAUGCUGAAGAAAAUGACAUUUUGACUCAAAUAUGUUUGCUUCCUUCGGCCGUUCUUGUUUACACCAACUUUCAGGCAUGGAGUCAUUCAUGUUAGAAAUGGCAUAUGGUGGCUGUGCUGCUGAGACGGAUAGGAUACUAAGAUACUUUCUCGUAUACGAAGUGUAGGGAAAGUAAUGUAAUCGUCUGAAGAUUCGAUGUCGAGAUUUUGAUGAAUCUCAAUGUUUUAGACCUCCCUGACUUUCUCGUAUACGAAGUGUAGGGAAAGUAUUAGAAUCCUCCAAAAUUUCCAUUUCGAGAAUUUGAUGAAUCGCAAUGUUUCAGACCUCCCUGAGUCUUAAAAUACCAUUUUUGGAAUUAUGUCUGUGUGUGUGUGUAAACACGAUAA